GGCUGCCAACAGACGCCGCGUCGACGCCACGCCGCACGUAUCGAGCCACACGCAGAGGUCGCCUACGGCCUGCCACAGCAGCGGGAGUCUGAGUCUUUGACAGCGACGUUUCGUCUAUCGUAGCGAUCAGCAGUCGCCAUGGACCUCGUGUUCAACGCCCUGCCCGACGUCUUCACGUACCAGAGCCUGCGCCACGCCAGUUACGACGCGCCAUGGCUCAACGACACCAACGCUAACAAAGGCCGGCGCGCGCCCGUGCAGCAACAGCAGCAGCAGCGCCGCCCCAGCAACGGCGGCAACCGCGUGGGUGGCCGCGCGGGGCGCGACUCCUGCGACAACUGCCCGCUGUGCCAGGAGAAGCAGCGGCGCCCGCUCGCCACCUACAUCCGCAGCAAGUCCCGCCAGGACAGGCGCGAGGACGCCAGCAUCCAGGAGGAGGACGAGGAGGCGGAGGCGCAGGAGGAGGAAGCGGGGGCGAGCCCAGCCUCCACCGGCCCUGCGCUGGGAGGCGCCGCCCGGGCGUGAACCGGCGGCUGAGCUCCGCGGCCGCGCGUUUACACUAACGAGGCCAGGCCGCGAGAAUCGAUUGCCCGCUCGAGGAGGGAGCGGGGAGUGCGUCGCUGCAGCAGCACCACCACCCCACGCUCCUGCAAGGGAGCUUCUCUCGCGCUUUUUCGCCACAUCUCUCCGCGCCGGGAUGCGGAGAGGCCGUGGCAACCCGUCCACUCAAAAGUAAAAUGGAGGCGGUUGUGGUGGUACGAUCCACUUCGUACUCUCGCCCACAAUCCGCGCACCACAGUAUUCCGCUGAGCAUAAAUCACUUUCCGACGAUCGCGUGAUCGCUUGCAGCUUGAAAAGAAAACGUACCCACAGCUGAGGAUCACGAACAGUUUUCCCCGAACAACAUUCCGGUGCACACUUUUGUGAGAGACAAUGAAUCUUGAAGGAUAAACAUUUGACAAUACCCAUUCCGCCUAAUGUGCUGCAAAGCAAAACAGCCCAAUGCUGUUAUUUGUGGAAAAUGCCAUUUCCAUGUUUCAUGGAUGCAAAUACACCAGGGUAGGGUACAAAAGAUUUUGUAAGAUGAAAAUGGAGGUAAGAAUUAUUCCUCAAUCUGCACGUUCGAACGUGUACUGAAACUUCUGUGAUAAAAUGGAAAUGGUUACAAAAAGCUUAGCACUCCAUGCGUCUGAAUUUAGUAAUGCAUGUACUUCAAAGACUGAUCUUUCGAAAUAUUUUGUAUAUAACGAAGGUAACAAUUCGUAGUUUAUUUAUUAAUAUUUGUAUUCAAGAUCUUCAAAAAUUUACUUCAUUAAUAAAAUAAUGAUCAAAAA